AUGUUCAGCUCGAUCGUGCAUCACCCCUGCGAGAUUUCGCUCCAUCUCGUUUCGCAAGACAUCUUCAUCCAUCCUCCGCCGCCCAACACCGAGAUUCCAGGCGAUGACAAGACUCUCCGCGGUCUCGUCGAGAUCAAGUGUCCGAGCGAACGUCACAUACAAGGUGUCAAGGUAGUCCUUCAGGGCGUGCAGACGCUAGCAAUCCCCGAGAAUGCCUCGUCCUCGGCUUCCUCAAUACGAUGGGAGGAGAAGGUCAUCAUGGAAAAGAUUGUCGAGAUCAUGAACGACGGCACCGCCGGCGCUAUCCCCGUAAGACCAUCGCGUUCCAAAGGCAAGGAGAAGGAGAAGGCACACAACUGCAACGUCUCGGAGGGCAUCCACCUCGACAAGGGCAUCCACGGCUUCGAGUUCGCCUUUAUCAUCCCGGCCUCCACACCGCCGUUCGAGCGAAGCAAGCAUGGUCGCGUCCGCUACAUCCUCACCGCGACUGCUCUCGGCGCUGGUCGCGCGCGUAACAACAUCUCGACGUGGAAAGAGAUCUUCAUUAUUCUCCAUGUGAACUCGGACGGCGGACCGGCGCCUUUGGACAUCCAAUACCACGAUGCUCACGAAGCGCUGGGGCCCCUCUCGGUCUCCUUAACGUCUGCCUCUCUCACCGUAGGAGGCACCGUCAAUCUCAGCCUGUACCAUCCUGACCCUCCCGCUGGGCUCAACGUCCACGUCAUACGCGUCUUCCUCGAGCAAACCUUCGAGCUGUACAGCGACGUGCGAAAAGGUUGGCUCAAGCUCCCCACCGAAAAGCUGCGUCUCUGGGAGAAGGGAUACAUGCCGUACAAGACCAAGCAGCAUACUGACGCCGUGGGGCCCGAAGACUCGAUCUGGAUCGGAGACAUGGAGAACGACGCGCCUGGUCGACCCGGCCGUGGAGCUGGACCGGGCCCAGCCAAUCUCUCGCCGUUCGGUCUUCCGCUCAACGGCUCCAUUUCGGCGCCGGUCACCCCCAUGGAGCCGGCGACACCGUUGCACUAUGAAAACGGAUACAAGAUCAAGUCGGUCGUGCGCUUGCCAGACGACAACAUCCUGAGACCCAGCACUGUCCGAGGCUCUCGUGCAGAGAUCCGUGUCAGCCAUGAAAUGGGCGCCGAAGUGUUUUUCUCUCGCAAGGACGUCUUGGACACAAGAGAGGAGAGCGACAGCUUUGGCAAGCCCAAGGUGCAGGUGUUUUCGAUGCGAAGGGCCACUUCCAUCCCCUCGUGCUGCUGUACCUUCGAUACGAUCCACCUUCCGCCUUACUCGCUCGAGUCGCCCGUCAACUCGAGACCUUCGUCUCCGACGCCGCCGUCGUCGCUUCGCAACUCGCAUCCGGAGCUGGAGCACUGGAAGCGCACCACCACGCUCAACAUGACGCUUCCCGGAUCUCGGGGAAGUUCUGCUUUCAGUUCUGCGUUCAACUCGGCUGCGAACUCGCGAGCCGGAUCGCGCGACACCUCGCCCACCCGACACGGCGGCUUCGCUUCGCACUUUGGCGGCUCGGGCCGCAAGAGCCGCAACACGAGUCCCACGCGCAACAACCGCGGCCGGUCGGGCAACGGUCUGAGCAGCAUCGGUCUGCACGCAUUGACGCCGGCUUCUGCCGGCCACAUUGACCAGAACGGCAGUAACCGGAACCACGGCUAUUCGACGCCGCGCUCGCUGCCGGACAAUGUGCCGUGGGCGGUGAGCUAUCUGCCGGAUCGCACGGGCACGUCGCAUGCCACGUGCAACUGUGGUCGUACCACGGAGGAGCUGACAGAGGCGGAACAGCGUCUGCUGGAAGGCGUGCCGACGGCGCCGGGUGCUUGGGUGGAGAACACGGAUGCUAAUGUUCCGCCUCCACCGUGGGCACCGCCUUCGAGGGCGAGCAGUCCGGUGAGUGGAUGGCAUCACUACGAGGGCAAUGCGAGAGAAGGGUUCCGUCCGCGUGGCAAGCUCGCUGAGAUCGACACGCCGUACGGCAGCCCCUCGGGUUAG